AUGGCUAAUAACCAGAAAGAACUUAUCAAAGCUCAAAAUGGUACCUAUGAGGUUACAAAAGCGAUUGCAACUGGAACAUUCGGCUCAAUUUAUAAAGCCAGGAGAGAAUCUGAUGGAAAAUAUUUUGUUAUAAAAUGUGAAUCAUUGAAAAUGAAAAACUCGUUAUUACGACAAGCAUCAAUGGUAUUAGCAUCACUUCAUUAUCCUUCACCACAUUUUGUGACAAUGGAAGAGAGGGGUACUGUACCAAUGCGAUUCUUAUUCGUUGUUAUGCCUUUAUAUGGUGAUAAUCUAAGCGAACUUAUGUUAACUAGUUGUGCAACUAAAAAAUUUAGUAUUUCUUCUGGAUUGCAUUUGGCAGAACAAGCACUUUCAGCGAUCAGAGAUUUACACAGAGUAAGUAGAAAAAAUAUAAAGAAAAUGUAUUUGAUGACCAAUAUUUUCAGAAUGGUUUUAUUCAUCGAGAUAUUAAACCAACUCAUUUUUGCAUUGGAUUAGAAGACAAUGAUACUCUUCAUCACUUAUAUUUGAUUGAUUUUGGAUUGUGUAAACGUCCAAGGUAUAAAAAAGGUGAAGCUGAAGCUGAAGAACAAAUCCGUAAAAAUGCGAUUCUUUAUCGUGGAGUUGUACGAUAUGCAAGUCUAAAUGCACAUACAAAUAAAGAACUCGGAUAUCGUGAUGAUAUGGAAUCUUGGUGGUAUAUGGUACUUGAAUUCUUCCUUGGUAAUCUUCCAUGGGGAAUGUUAUCAAAACAAUCAGAAAAAGAUGUGGUUAAUUUGAAGAACAGCAUGUCUGAAGCCGCUGUCAAACCAAUCUGGAAAAUUGCGCCACAAGCAAUCUCAAUAUUUUUCGAAUUUUUGCGAAUGAUUCGAGCAACUCCGGAUAUCGCAGAUUUUGUUGAAUAUGAUAAAAUCGCUGAAGGUUUGCGAGCCAUUUUUGAGAUCACUAAAACAAAUCAAGCCGAACCACCAGAUUGGGAUUGUAUGUCGGAUUAUAAAGGACCAGCAUAUCAACCUCUUCCAAGUAAGUUUCUGAAUUUUUUUGAUUCAGUGUAAAGUUUUUUUUCAGUGAUUCAAGCACCAGAAGUUGGUAUGAAAGAACAAGAGUUUACACAAGGAGAAGGACAUAUAAAAGAAGGAAAGCCUGAUGUGAAAGAUAGUAAGGAAGAAGAUAAAAAGAAGAAAAAGAAGGGAAAGAAAAAUAAGAAAAAGAAAAGUAAUGAAUAAAGUUUUAGAUUUUUCUGAAAAUAAUUAGACUAACAUGAAAUAUUAGGCGCAUUUAUUUCAAAAUUUUGUAAAUCAAAAGUUUUUCGAGUUAAAGCUGUAAAAUGUGGUCACAGAAAUUUCUUUCUUUCAAAAUUAAAAAAAAUCAAAAAAAUGUUGCAAACACGAUGAAAAUCUACAGUAAUCAAAAUUUUUAUUUCCGGAAAAUGUCAUAUUAUUUUCCAAAUAUUCCGUGAGUUUGAGUAAAACAUUUUGUAGAUCAACAAUUUUUCGAGUUCAUGUACUCAUAAAAUCUAUACGCCGUAAACCGGAAAUUAAUCGAAGCUAUAAAUGUUCCAAAAAUGUUGUAGAUCAUAAUUUAGAGUUAUUGUAACUCAAAUAAAUGAAUACAAAAUAUUUUUUUUUGAAAUUAAUUAUCUGAAUAAAAAUAAUUUUCUAACGUGACCCAAAUUCAAUUUCCAAAUCAUCGUCCCUCUUUUCUGAAAAUUCCUCCAUUUUAAUUUUUGAUCACGAUGGGUUUGUUACUAGGAAUUAUUGCCGAAGCGCGUUCCCAUUAUAAUAAAGAGAAACAUUCAUGGAUUAACUAUUGUAAUAUGAAUCAAUAUGUCUACUUUGAUAUUGGCUAUGAAACUGGUGUUCCAAUUGGUCGUAUUGUUAUAAAAGUCAAUGAGAAAUAUAGCAAAUCAGUAACAGAGGUUUUUAUUCGGUUAGCAAGAGGUGAUUUCUAUCAUCCGGGAUAUGGAAAACUAUUGAAAUAUGAGAAAACUUCAUUGCAUUGUGUUUCAAAAUCGAAAAAUUUAGUGAUGGGCGGUGAUUGUUUGUAUGAAAAUGGAAGUUUGGGAUCAGCCCCAGUUAAAAGUGGAAUUUGGCAAGAAUCAGAGAUCACAUCAAAUGUUGAUGAAACGUGAGUAGAAUAUUUGAUAUAUUUAUGGUAAAUUGUUUUUUAGGCGAGGAAAAGUAGUUUUCCUAUCUGCUGAUUAUGAUCCAAAUAUCUUCACAUCAAUAUUCUACAUUUUGCUCGAAAAAUCUGGAGGCGAAAGUAGUGUUGAUGGUUGUGUAGUUGGUGAAGUUAUUCAAGGAAUUGAUAUUCUGGAUGAAAUUGUAGAUCAAUAUGGAACAAAUCAUGGAAAACCCACGAAAAAUCUGAUACUUCAUAAUUGUGGACAUCUUUGA